GGGGCAGUGAUGUACUCGCCUCGGCUAAGAGAAUGUAAUGUUUUUUUUCCGACAGUACCUGAAAGCAGCCAAAGUUCGAAAAGUAUGGCGGCGGAGAGUUCGACGACGAUAACGGAGCAGUGGAUACGGGACAGGUUACAGUUGAAACAUCGCUGUCUCGGUGAUGUCCGCUCACUGAGCCUCCCGGGGACGAACGAGCAGAAGAUCGGACACCUGGGAAACUCACUGAACAACUUCGUCCGUCUGAAGUCUCUGGACCUCUCCUGCAACGCGCUCGUCUCUGUCGAGGGAGUGCAACAGUUGAAAAGGCUGGAGAGGCUGAUCCUGUACUAUAACUGCAUACCGUCCAUGGACGAGGUGAAUGUGCUGUAUGAGUUGACUGCGUUGAGAGAGCUGGACCUCCGACUCAACCCUCUGACCAAAAGCUACCCAAACUACCGCUGUCAUCUUCUGCAUGACAUGCCCAACCUGCGCAGGCUCGAUAGCUGUUCAGUCAGAGACAUUGAGCGCAAAGCUGCCGUAAUGCAGGUCUCAUUCGACCUUCUACCUCACCCAAAAAGCUCCUGUCUCAAUCCGGAUGAAGAGGAAAGAGGCAGCGAUCAGAGACUGGCUUUAGUUGACCGCUUAACCAAGAGGUUCUCUCUCCCGACCGACAUCGAUGAUAUUGUGUUGAACUUUGAGGUGAUGAAUCAUGGAGGCCAGAGUGAAACCAUCUCCGACUCUGUUAACAAGGAGGCAGAAGAAUCCAGAGAGGAAGAAUCAAACGAUUAUAUUGGACAGAGGAGUUCAACUCCAAAAAAGGAAACUGCUAAAUCCAUCCUCAGGUAUCCUUCCACAAGAUAUGAUAAAACCGAGUGCAAAGUACCACACAUGAAAGGUCCAUCUCAUAAAAAGAGUUCUCCCUCAUCGAAAGUGACUGAAAGACCAAAGGUGUCCUUCGGCCCGUAUGUAGAGAAACACAGACCCGUGCCUGGAAAACAAAACGAUUUCCCCAAACAAACCAGACAUGCGGCCAAGGGACAUUUCACCCCCAACCCUGAUCAAAGUCAGCGUCAUUCUUCGUCCUUUAUCAACAUCCGGCCUCCCAGUCCACAUCGUCCUGGUUUGAAUAUCUCUGACCCUUCUAACCCCAUCUUACAUCCUCCAAGACUAACCUACUCCAGCUUCAACAAGACAGAAGGGGGCUCCAGCCUUCUGCAACAAGCAGAAAAGAAAAAAAAGGGUAGUUACAGGAAACCCCUGGAGCUGCUUCUCAAUCUUGUGGACAAACACUGGAAAGGAGAGAGAUCACUGCAUCAUAACAACAACUUCCUGCCUCAGGCAGUCCAGAUCCUCUCGAUGAUGGAAAAUGAUAUUUCCAGCCGGGAGGCUGAGGUCAGGACCUUGAGGCGGGAGGCCGACGCACAGAGUUUUCAAGCGGCCACAAGAGAGGAAGAGCACACAACUGAAGUCCGUCACCUCUCUGCUCAGCUGGAGGAAGCUCGCAGUGCGGUUGGCAAACUAAACCAGCAGGUGAGGAUUGUCUUGGAGGAAAAUGUCGCUCUACAGAAGCAGCUCAUCAAGUUAGAACGACAGUAUCUCAAGUCUAUGAUGAAAAGUUCACCGAUCACUCAGAUUAAAGAGGCUCAGACAGAAGUGGAGGAGCUGAGGAGAGAGAUCGAGGGGCUGAGGGAGAAAGUGCAUGAGGCGAAGAAAGUCUAGUCAAUCGUCAAAUAUGCUGCAAGAAAGCCAGGUGAGGAGAAGCCCCAUCUGAACGUUGGCACUCAUGUGUAAAUCGGUGCCGCUGUGUUUAUGUGAUUUGGAUGUGUCUGUAUAUGUACCGCAGGUCCCUGGUGGCGACCAGUGAGUGUUUGCAAGCUGAGCUAAAGCAUUUGGAUAGGUGGAUGUACACCGGUAUGAAAAUAUCUAAUCAAGACUAUCAGGGGUUAUAUUAGCAUCGCAGUCAUUUCAUGAGGCCCAGCAGCUAAAAAACAAUUUCUAAAUGAAUUUGUACUCUAUUUAUAAUCCCUGCAGUGUACAUACAUUUUUUGUGUGUUUUAAGUUCCUAGACCAUUUGAUAAGUGUUAUUAUUUCAGAAAAGCCGGUAUAGACUGAUGUAAACAAUAAUGGGGAAAGGCAAUUCAUUCAGGCCAGGUUGUGUAUAAGAGUAUGACAGGGCCGUUAUUUUGACAAAUGAUUUUAAGGGGAAAAAAAUGUUUGUGAGAAGGCCGUGAUGGUUUUCCUGGAUCAGUAGCAAGAUUGUUUCUCUUGGCUGUUUUUACAUGUUUUAUUUUUAUUUUUUAGUAUUAUUUGUAUUAUUAGUAAUGUGUUUUUAGGUCAGUUGUGUUUCUAUCUGCUUUGUAUGUUGCAGUGGAAUGAAUGCAUCUAGAUUCCAGCUGCACUCAGUGCAGCACACUUUAUUUAUACCUCUGCCUUUGGGCUGGGGAGCAACGCACAUAUGCACUUUUCUCUCACAGACGCUAAUGCAAGACCUGGAAAUCAGAUUAGAAUGUGUGUGAUUCUACAUAAACGCAGUUGAAUGUAGGUUUUAUUUUUAUGUGAAUUGUACCUGCUCACUGGUCAGGAGCUUCCUGAAAAAACGAUAACAAUAAAAAAACAUAAUAUUUUGACUGGCACCUCAUAA